AGACCCAUUUUUUCAAGGAGAGGCUAUCUGAACGACCACUGCAUUGAGUUUAUGUUCACUGUGUUAGGAAGAACAGCAGAGUAUGAAGAAAUGUAGAUUAUGUAAUGAAUUUAACGAGACUGUCCAAAACAUUGUCAGUGGAUGCCUAGCUUUGGCACAAACACAGUAUCUUAAGCGACAUGAUGGAGUGGCUCGAUCCUUUUAUUGCCACCUACGCCAUGCUUGUGGCUUUUAGGUCCAUCCAUGGUUUGACCCAGAAUAUGUCGAGGGCAUCAUGGAAAAAUGAUACAUUCAAAAUUCUUUGGAAUAGGCCCGUACACAGCCUCAGGCGUAUCCAGGCCAACAAACCUGAUCUGGUCCUUUUUGAUAAAUCCAAUGAAACCUUUGUAUCUUUUAAUUUUCUGUCCCUUAUGACACUAAUGUGAUUGACAAGAAUCAGGAAAAACAUCGCAAAUAUGCGGACCUCGCUUUAGAAAUGUCACGCUUGCAUCCCAAGUACCAACUUGUCCGACUCACCAUUGUUCUGUCGACUGACAUCGGGAGAGGACCCGGGUAAGCUACCAGGAAUACAAUCCUUCUGACAAUCUGGGUAAUGCAGAAGGCUGCAGUGUUGGGGAAUCUUCACAUUCUCCGAAAAGUUCUGGGUGGGUUUGACUAGGCAGCGCUUCCUGGGAGAAGUACCAUUCGCUGUCUGGGCUGCGUGUAGAGGGGGCAAGGGCCCUGAGCUGAUGAUGACCUUAACCUGACUGACUGUGUCAGGAUCACCCAAACCCUUUUUGUAGCAUUUGUUCAUUUUAAUCUGUAUAUAACAAUGACGUGUAACAUGUGCAUGAAACUCUCAGGAGUGAUCCAUCCACCUACUCUCCGUGACCUCAGCGUGAUAACCAAGUUUGUAUUCGGUAUUUGUAUUCAGGUUAUGAACGGAACAAGAGGUCAUCAAGAUCUUGAAGAAGAUUGCCGUUACAACAGAUAGUCCAGAUGUUGCCCUAAUACUUCCAGACCUACAUUGGCAGGCACGAUAAGUACUUGCUGUCAAAAAGAAUACAUAAUAGUUCAUCGCCAUUAUGACGCCCAACGUAGCAGAUGUUUCGGGAAUGGGGACAUGACUUGAAACAUUUCCCGCCGUCACGAGGGCGGCGUUAAACAACAAACAACAACAAAUCUGCGCCUGGACUGGCAUAAUUCAGCCAUACGAAUACUGCUAGCCCACUGAGGACACGAUGACACGUCCUUGUGUCAUCCCCCUAAUGACAGAGCCAGGGAACCACCCACCUUCAGCUCUCCGGGCAGACGCCCUAUCCACUACACCACGGAGGCGACCGUUAAAACGUGUGUCUACCAGUCAAGAGCGGAUUCACACACCCCUUGUGUGCUUACCAUGCGUUGUUUCAACUGUUACACGGACAUCUGAAGCCCCAAUGAUCGUUGUGGAUUUCAUGCUUGUCACUCUAUGCAAACAUGUCUAAGACAACACCUAUCUAUGUCUGUAUAAAUGUGCGGCGAUCGGACUCAUAGGUACAGUAACACACAGGACUAUGUCGCAAGGAGUUCCUCACGGGAGAAAUUUCAUGCUUGGUGUGCCCACUUCCCGAGCUCCAAUACCCGUAUUGUCUUCCCAACUGAGUCAGGUGUUGAACCAGCAUUACCAGUCGUUCUGUGUCUUUCAGCACAACGCAAUGGUAAUGAGUCAGCUCCUUCACCACCGAAUGGGGUCGAGUCGGAGACAAAGCAGGAGUCCGGACUCAAGCCCAAGAUCUCUGCUACCAUUCCCGCUCUUCCAGCCCUUCACGACCUCGCCACAGGGUGACAGAAGACGAUCUGCAACAUAUAACGACCAGGACGAACAGUUUCCAUUCUUCACGAGAACUCAAUCUGAUGAAGGAUACUCGUCUUCUUUGACAUCCGACUCCAAGUCAAGGCUCUCCUGCGGUUCACCAACAUCAUCCGAACGAUCCAAGAAUAUCCAAGUUUCUCCUGAAUCGACCCGAUCCAAGCCUUCCCCAAGACCAAGGUCUCCCGCGUCCGACGCCGGUUCUUCCGAUAGUUUCGAAAGUGCGAUCCAAACCCCAGAAGUAUCAUCCUCGGGUGUAACACCGGUGAUUUCACUCGAUGAUGAUUCACAGAAGAGUGUUUCAACACUUCUGCCGUCUUUUUGUGACGAGAAAUCAAGCCAUGGCUUGCCAGACUGUGACAUAGAGAUCAAGAUUGAACCAGAGGACAUUUCAUCUUCAACGACGUCUACAUGUGAUUCCCCUUUCAGCUCUGUCAGGACAACCACAAUAACCAACCCUUCCAUAGAGAUAGACUUUGCAGUGAAUGUAAAACAAGAAGUGGACUCUCCAGUGAAAUUCAUGAACACCGACAGAGAUGUCAUGUGGGCAGUGACACCAGAUGUCCAACCCAAGCCCACCUUUGUCCCAAGUCCGGACAAGUCUAGUAGCGACUAUAGUUCUGACUACAACCGGUUCCCAAUUCCGAUGUAUUGUCAGUCGUGGAACGUGUACAACCCAGCACCAGGGACGAUACCAUCCAUCAUGCCCUUCACGCCCCUGGGGUCUACAGGCAAGACCAAGAACACGAAGAAACACCCCACUAUAUCAAGAGAGAACAUUCCAAUGUCCGUGCAGACAGAGGCUAUUGACUUGUCCAUUACGAAGAAGAGAAAGGCGAACACCCCUAAGAAAGACAGUAAACAGAAACGUUUGAAGAAGGACGCAGGCAAAGAGGGUCAAACGAAACAAGGACAUAUAUCGAUACCAAUCAUUGCCCAAAAACGAAUUUGGAAACGCGACCCAAAACACUCAAAGGUCCUGCAGGAAUCGCCAAACCACAACGCCUGUGUCCAGGCAACGACAGAAAAGAUCCCAUCAAGAAGGUCUACGGAAGUUAAACAAACACGCGUCAAGUCGGACAAAGUAAAGGCGUUUCCAUGUACUAGGUGUGAUAAGACAUACUCGCAACGAUCGUCGCUGCAUACGCACAUGCGCAUCCAUACUGGAGUUCGACCAUAUGUAUGCAAAGACUGCGAUCGAUCUUUCACCGACUGCUCCACGUACAUAAAGCACUGUCGUCUUCAUACAGGUGAGAAGCCAUAUGCCUGUGGAGUUUGCGGUCGAUGUUUCACGCAGUCAGGGAACAUGAUGAGACAUCAACAAAAAUGUAAAGGAAGCAUAUGAAAACCUUCAGUGCGAAACCAGUUCGACAGUGCUUGUUCCCGCGAUUCAAAUGUUCACUAUGUACACUGAUGUGUGGAACUUUAAGUGGACAAACGACAUAUUUAUCAUUUCACCGAGGAUUAUAAUUACAUUGAAAAAAAGGCAAAUUUUUAUGGCUAUUUGUACAGUCUGGUCGAUGUUUUUAAUCCAUCUUUAGAUUUCGUUACUGAUAAAAUGAAUACAAUAUUCAUUGUGUGUAACUCCACAUGUAUGCAUACUUCUGAAUAAAGU